UCGAGACAACAACAAAAGCGAAUGGAAUAACAGCCGAAAUAAAUAAUCGCAUAUUAAGCAACACUUUUUUCAUUUGUGUUUUGCUUAACAGCUAAAAAGCAGGCGGCGUUCUCAUAUUCGAGCGUGUUGUGUGUGCGAGUGCAAGUGUGCGUUUGUAUGAUGUUUAUAGACUUUUGUGAGGCGACAACUGCCAUAUAAUAGUAAUAAUAAUAAUCGUAAUAGUAAUGGCCAAGGCAGAAUAAUAAUAAUAACAAUAAUAAGAGUAUUUUGUAUUGUUGAAAAUUAAAAAAGUAAACGCGAGGCUAUGACCAAAUUGUGCCGUUGUAGAUAUAUAUAACAUAUAUAUAGCAUGCAGAGAUAGGAGAGGAGAGAGGAAAGGAGAGAUUCAAUAAAUCGCGCAACACAGCACUUUUCGGGCUAAAGUCAAGUCCACACACAAAUGGCAAACACAGCCCGGCGCUGUCGUCAUCUCUGCCGCCGUCUGCGUCUCAAUCAUCAGCUGCCGCAGUUGCAGUUGCAGUUGCCACUGCCACCACCACCCCUUAGGAGCUGCGACAGCUGUGCCCCGCUGUAGGCCAGUCGCACAAUGCCAAGUGCCUACUACCAACCACUCGAGCCGCAAGCAUCCGACGACAACGACGAACGCUGGGCAAUUGAAGACGACGACGAGCAGUCGAGCGGCCGGAGCGGGCGGAGCAGCCAGUACCAGCACCUUCAUACACGCUGCUAUCCACAGCUGCUGGCCACAGGCGACCAGCUGCCGUCCAUGGGCAUGGCGCCACGACUGAGAGGUACAGGGACGUGCAAGCGGAGCUACUGCAUCAUGCUGCUGCUGAUUGUGGUCGGGGUCUGCUUCGUCGGCUACUUCUUUGUCAGUCCCCAAUCGACGGGCCGGGGCGACGACGGAGCGGAGGAUGCCAAUGGUAUCUAUGAGCUACACAACGGCAAAGAUAGUACAACUGGGAUCGCUCUGAAUGAACCACUGCACAUAUGCAGCGAAAGCCCUGAGGACCGUCGCGUCUAUAUACAAGAUAAGCCCCGUAGUGCCUACGCACAGCUGCCUGUGAUUUAUUUCGUAACACCCACAUAUCCCAGACGCGAGCAAAUACCGGAACUGAAGCGUCUGGCAUACACGCUGCUCCAUGUGCCUCGACUCUACUGGCUGGUGGCCAAUGAUCAAGAGAGAUGUGAUACGUUUCUGGACACACUGUUAAGUGGAUUUGGUAUUCCCUAUGCACAUAUGGCCAGUCCCAUGCCCAGUGAGUUUCGUAAGUCAAAGCCGGCGCCGCGGGGCGUGGCCAAUCGACGUGCAGCACUGCAAUGGCUGCAUCAACAAAACAUAACUAAUGGUGUACUGUAUUUUGGUGACGACGACAAUACUUAUGAUCUGAGACUUUUCUCGGAAAUAAGGCAGACACAGCGAGUCUCCAUGUUUCCUGUUGGACUGAUAGCGGAAUAUGCGGUCAGUGUGCCGGUAGUGCGGGAUGGUAAAGUAGUGGCCUUUCUGGACUCUUGGGUGGCGGGUCGGCGCUGGCCUGUUGAUAUGGCCGGAUUCGCAGUGAGCUUGGCCUACAUGUCGCAGUAUCCCAAUGUAAAUAUGCCCUACAAGCCGGGCUACGAGGAGGAUUUGUUUCUACGCAGCAUUGGAUUGCGUAUUGAUCAAAUUGAGCCCAAAGGCGCGAAUUGCACCGAAAUUCUUGUCUGGCAUACACAGACCAAAAACAAAAAGUCUGCCGUGGUGCGUUUGAACAGCGAAUUCUUAGAUGGGCGCUCCAACCUGGGCGCACUCUUUCGAUCGCUUAAACUGAUGGGUGUGGCAAGUGCCUCGGAUACUGAAGGUCCCGUUGCGAUGAUCAGCAAGAAUGGCAAGACUAAAUCACACUCAUACAUCCUGAGCUGAGUCUCAGUUCGAAUGAAGGCCAACUGUUCAACCGUCGUACUAUAGAAGUCUAAGAAUACUCUCAACAAAACAAAAUUUGUUGGAUUUCCUUGAAUGGAAACUCUAGAGUUUAUGAUUAUCUCAAAAGGCACAGCUUAUGAAAACCUGAUUUAAAUCUCUUUUGCAUGUUAAAUUAUGAUUAAUUACAAUAUGCCUAUCCUCAGUUCUCAUAUUUAUAUUAAUGUUAAAUACACAAAUUGUAGUAACAUUGUUAAUUAGUUUUAAUUAAUCGUAUAUGUUUGUAUUGUGAUAAGCUCGCUUAUGUUUAUCAAAAUUCCUUAUAGACUACGUCAUUUAAACAUAUAAGAAUAAAUGACAAUUUUUUAUGCCCAAUUUAGUUAGAUUUAUGAUCAUGUGACAGCUAGGUUGUAUAUGUAGCUUUAAAAGCUUUAAUUACAAAUAGGUAUUUUGCAAUGCGAAUUUCAUUUUCUCUGUAGCAAAUAUUCAUUUAGACUUGUUUUUAUAUAAUAUUUCAAAGAAGCUUAUAAUCGGAAAUUGUUUUUGAUGGGUACAAAAAAAUUGUCACUGUAAUUAUUAAGUAUUUAAGGCCUUUGCUGCUCAUUAUUGAAAACUUGUUUGAAAAGCUACUAUCAUAUCAUAGAUUUGGUUUUCAUUCUAAGGAAAAUUUAGUUCGUUUAUAAAUAAUAAUAGUAAAUAAUCAGUGUACACAACAACGAAUACUAGUAUAAACAAAAAAAUAUAUAUAUAUAUGGGUAUAUGUAUAUUGCAAAAUUACGCACAUAUCGUAAAUCCGCCAUCAGUUAUCCUGUUCAUACGUUUAAGCAUAGGAUUAUCUAAUAACAAAUAUCAGCUUUAAUUUAAUUAAUAGACAUCGCAUAAGCAUUAACAUUUGGCACACAAUAGAAUUUGGACUAAAAUCAGGGAACAUUGCUAAACAAGCGUUUCAAUAAUGAGCCAAGUAAAUGACAAAAAUGACACUACUUAUACUUAUAAAUAUGUUAAAAUAAAUACAAAUACAACAAACGAAGAAAUAUAU